AUGCUCCAACGCGGUUUGGAAGCGGUGCUGCGCCAGUUUACAGCUGCUGAUGAACGAGGUGCAGACAACACAAAGAACAAAGUGAGUGUUGAAUGUUUGCAGGCACGCAGCAGUGAGGUUCGUAACUGUGAGAGUACAACAGAUACAGCAGAAAAGAAGUCAAAGGCGCAUCACGAGGAGGAAUCCAGAUAUGACGAGGAAUUCGUGCGAGAUAUAUUGUCACGUGACCCCGUCCCCAUCGAUGAACUGCGCGGUUUAAGUCGAAGUGGUUGUCCCGCUGGUUUUCGUUACGAGGUGUGGUGUUACUUGACUGGGCACCUUCAACCAUCGAGCCUGAACCGUGCUGCAGUUCUUACGCGUAAGCGACAGGAAUAUGUGGGAUACAUGCAAAGCAGUUACGGGUCUACUGACUGGGAUGCUGCUUUUGCAGCAGUGGGAGAUUCGGUAGGUAAUGCGCCUGGCGGGGAAUCUGGCAGUGGUGGUUCAUCUCUCUGGCCUUCCUUUCGCAGUGGGGCUUCCGGUUUCGGUUCUUCUUCCUUGAACACUCCCAGUGACUCGGAGCUUUCAAUAUUGAAACAAAUUCGAAAGGAUAUUCCGCGUAUGGCAGCUGGUUUGGCAUUUCUUAGCAACAGGCGAGUAAUGUUGUCUGUGGAACGCUGCUUGUACAUAUGGGCACUACGUCAUCCCGCCUGCGGUUAUGUGCAAGGAAUGGAUGAUUUUACAAUUCCGUUUAUUAGUGUUGUACUGGCAAAUAGGGUUUGUAGGACAAAGACAGUGGCAGAUCUCUACACACUUGAUCCCGAGGAGGUGGGUGCGCUACUUUCUGUGGAGGUGAUUAGUGACGAGGAAUGGGUGAGUACCAUUGAAGCGGAUACAUAUUGGAUGGUUUCCUACUUCCUAAGCGCUAUUCAAGAGAACUAUACGUACGACCAGCGCGGUUUGCAUAGCAUGGUGGAGAAACUGGAAGCUGUUGUUCGAGCAGUAAAUGUGAAACUUUAUAACCACCUCAGGAAUGAUCUGCAAAUUGACUUUAAGCAGUUUUCAUUUAGGUGGAUGAAUUGCCUACUUUUGCGUGAGCUUAAUGCUACACAAGUACUACGCUUGUGGGAUGCAUAUCUCGCUGAUGAGGAAAAGGAUUGGUGCACCACUCAUGUUUACACAUGCGCCGCAUUUCUGCAAUGGUGGUCAGCUGCGCUUCUACAGGAAAAUGAUUAUUGCGUUGCAAUAAAGUUUUUGCAAAAUCUUCCUUCCAAUGAACUGAGUGACCGCGAUAUCAGCGCAAUUGUUUCGCAGGGAAUAGUCAUGCAAAAAUUGUACAAUAGCGCCCUUGCACAUCUCGCGCAGUAG